AUGGCAGGCAAGAAAGGAGCUGGCGAGAACAGCAAGAAGGUCGCGGGUAAUGCCCGCAAGGCCGAGGCUGCCGCACAAAAAGCUGCUGCCGAAGGCGCGAAGAAAGCGGCUGCCGAGGACGCCGAAUGGUCCAAGGGCUCCAAGAGCAACGCGAAGAAGGAGGCGGAAGCCGCCAAAAAAGCCGAAGCGGCCCGGAAGAAGGCUGAGCGUGACGCCAUGCUCAAGGAGGAGGAAGCCAGCAAUCCGGGACGAGCCGCGCCCAAGAACUCCAAGACAGCCGUCAAGAAGACCCGUGGGCUCGACUUGUCGCAGCUUGACGGCAAUGGGGGUUCCUCGUCCGCGCUCAACGCCUCUGGUAUCGACAACGCCCUAGACGCCCUCUCGCUGACGGGUUCCUCCGACGCAAAGGUCGACAGGCAUCCCGAAAGACGAUUCAAGGCCGCGUAUGCGGCCUUUGAGGAACGUCGUCUCAAGGAGAUGGAUGACGAUGGCUCAGGCCAAGGUCUGCGCUUGCAGCAGAGGAAGGACAAGAUUAGGAAGGAGUUCGAGAAAAGCCCCGAGAAUCCCUUCAACCAAGUCACCGCCAACUACGACGCCACAAGGGAGGACUUGGCUCAGCUGAAGGCGAGCGAGAAGAAGAAAAUUGAGGCUAGACUUGGUUCCAAGUAG